CCACGGAGCGCCCCACUUAAAAAGUUGAAGCUCCUCCAAGAUCCCAAAGUCGCUGUCUCGGCUUGAACAAGUCAAUCCGUCCGUUGUCGCUAGCAGAAGUGCAACGGUCAUGAGUGUGAAACCAUGGCUGUUCCUAUGGACGUGGACGAGGAUUUCAGCUCGCAUCGAGUCAAUCUAAUCCGUGCCGUACGAACGAUCGACGAGGACGCCUCCACGACCCUUCCGGCUAAAAUACACAGGUUAUGGCUCCUCCUAUCAGCCUCCAGGAGCAGCAGGCUCCAUGGUGUGGAGGAAACCAUCCUGCGCUGGCUCUGCAAGCACAUGGCUGGAACGACCGAAGAUGCUGAACUCGCUCGACGAUAUCCGCUGUCCUGGGAAGUGCUGGCGCAUGCCUUUCAGAAGAUCCCUCCCCAGGCUCUCGGAAAGUCUCUUGCCGACCGAAAGUUUGUCACCAUCCUGCGAAAGACCCUUGACGAGGUCUCGAAGCCAACCGACGACGACGGGACGAACAACACCGAGGAGGGCACGAAUAAACGGAAGCGCGCAAGUGCAAUGCCUGACAAUCUGGUCCAGCUUCGAUCCAGGCAAGGAUGCAUUCGCUCCAGUGCCAGCAUUUUCGCCGCAUUGAGUACGCUCCUCGGUCAUGGCAGUCAGACUGAUGGUUUGACCUCGCCUCAGGACAGAGUCGGAGUGGAGCAUAUCAAAUCCCUAUUCUCGUCGUCAAGUGAAGAAACCCGCGGCAUCACUUCUCGUCUCCUGCAAUGCUGCUAUCAUGCAGUUCAGGAAUCAGAUGGAUCGCUCAGUAAGGCACAGGAAGCUUGGGUUGAAAUUUCCACGGCGCUCUGGGACCUGCGGCUGCAUAGCAAGGAGGACACGUUCGAGUUCGCCCGUCAUCUAUACCCGCCAGUGUGUUCAAUAUUGGGUAUUCUACGUGGCCGCGUGAGCCCCUCCAACGUCGAAUUGAGAUGGACACGGCAACUAGAGCAGCUGCUUGGCACUUCCUUCAUCCGCCCUGCGAGGCAGAUUUAUGCGCAAGACGGCGGUCUGCAGAAUCUAGAAAGUGCCCUCGAGCUUACUGGCAGUGAUCCUCUUACAUCAUCGCAGGUGCUUUGGCACUCUGCGUCACGGACACCAAGGGACCAGAAAAAUCCGUUAUCCAAGAGCGAACACGCAUCAUGGGCAAAGGCUGUCUUCUCCGUGGUGCUGAAGGCAUUAGAACCUGUCCCACGUAACGCCCAGAACAAAGUGCUCGCAAAGCUUCUUGCUAUCGCCAUUGAGACGCGCUCAAUACCCGACACUGAGUUUCUUCGUACUCUGACUCUGAAGAAUGCGCUGCAAACUGGAUAUGCCGACUGGGAACUUCUUGGUCAAAUCAUAGGUUGCGAUCCGGAUGUUUUCCUCAUGGACCAGGAUGCGAGGGACAUGCUAUUUGCACUAGCCACUAGCGAUGGCUCUCAAGGCCAAGCUCAGAAAGAUCUCAUCAUCACGAAGGUGAUGAGCCCGCUCAUGGAAGCAUCCGCCAAGGCGCGCGACCUCUCUGGCUUCAUUAGACAGUGGUACGAAAGCUUGUGCAAGGUCACGGAAUUGCAAGAGAAGAAAUAUUGGGGUGCUUCACUAUGGGCGGACGUGCGGCUUCGACAACAACUCGCCGACCUCCUCCAGGCAUCAUUGUCUGUCACGCAAAUUCUCAGGCUUUUUGAGUUCCUGGAUACUCCCGAGUCGAACCCGACUGCCCUACUCGUCAUUCUUGAUGGAAUGUGCGCCGGAAUUACCCAGGAGGAAUAUGUCACGGCAUUAGACCCGAGGCUAUUCGCCGCGGCGUUCCAAGACAAAAAGUACAAAAAGAUUCCAUCCGACAUUGCGGCCCUUCGAUGGCGCAUAGCUGGCUAUAUGGCAGCCUGGGAAAAUUCGGAAGAGGUUGCUCGGUUAUGGGAGGAAGUCAAGUCCGGUCUCAAGAAGACACUCAAAUCCGGCGAAUUGACUGAUAUCGACACAUUCGAGGCAUUCCGGUGCUGUCACGAGAUGUGGCUGACCCACUACCACGGCGGCAAGUUCGAGGUUGACGCAGCCAAGCUGAGCUGCACAUUCGUAGCACGGUUGCUACCAGAGUUCGCGACAGCAGAAUUCUCGGAAAUGGAAGACCGGUAUUUAGACCUGGUAUUUGGAAGCCUCCCGCGAUUUGUCGAGCUUGGUGGAGCUGUCGCCACCGAACUGCUUCAAAUGUUGAAAUCGUCAUUUUUGCAGCUAUGCAAGCAGUGGAAAGUAACUAGUUCGACAAGUCCGAAGCUGCUGGUACACAUUCGUACCAUCUUGGAAAGCGAUGCUGAGGAUCAGGAGACUGUCAUCGAUGCUCUUUUAGGCCAAGUUCUCGACCUUCUGGAUAACCCAGACGGCGAGGGUAGUGAUGUGGAGACCUGGAGCCUGCCCGUGGUGCUCAUCUUGGAACAGUUUCCUACGGAGUCUUGGACGCGGGUACGGCGGAAAAGACUGUUAGGGUCGUGGAAGAACAGACAAGCUCUGCACGCAGAUCGGGCCACGGGCGACGCAUUAUACAGCAUGGGCAUGCUGCGACUUCUGGUCAAAGUGCUGCAGCAACCAACGUUCUACGAAGGCAUGGAAUUCCAGGACCUGUCGUUCGUCGCGUCUUUGCCCAGCCACGGCCAAGAAACGGUGGCGGCUCUUGCCGGGAAGUUUAUCGACUUGAUGUUAAGACAUGUUGUGGAAAGUACCGAGCAGGCCUCCGCAGAUUAUCUCAAAGCCGCUUCCAGCUAUGUCGAGGCUCUCGACACAAAGCACCCUGCACCACGAGACUUUCUUCUCCUCAAAGGCCUUUCAGCAGCGCUGAAGCCCAAUCACGUCAAGUCACGUAAUGCUGUAGUCGAUGCCGACCAGUUCAAACAGAAGCUUCGGGAGAGUAUCAAGUAUGGUCUGACCGACUUCAGCAAGAGAGCCGGGUUGACGGCCUCGUCACCUGUCGAGCAACCACAACUCGAAAGUAGCGACCAAUAUCUUCUGACGGCUAUCCUCGGAGCUGCCGAUGCCGUUCCGGAUCCCCUCGAGUCGAUCAAGCUGCCGAAGGGCGAAGUGCUGCAGAACCUUUGUUCCCACCUGGUGCAAAGCGGCAACCCGUUAGGCUGGAACUUGAGGAAGUUCCUGUUCAGGAAUGACCCCAGUGCAUUCGACAACUCUGCCGUUUCGGCCCAGUUAAGAGAGUCGUCAAACGACAAUAUAGAAGCGCUUGUGAACGACUACAUGGACGCUUUCACAAAACUCCGGAACGAAGAGGACCAGGCUGUGCUCGUCAACUCAUGUUUACCGCACGCAGGGAGAAGGUCCAGCCUUGGCCCACUCCUGGCCGUUCGCUACAUCCUUGAGCAUAUACCAGCAUUGCACGGGACAGCGGCGACCGACGAGCGAGUGUUCGAUGCGCCCCGGAUCCUCAACGACGUUAGGGUCUUACUGACAAGGGCAACCACGCUCAAACAACUCAAGCUCUUGACUGAAAUCAUGACGAUCCUGCUCGAUAAACACUCUGCAUCAAUGACGCAGUUCAGUAUCGAGUCUAUACUGAACGUCGUGGCAGAAGUCGCGUCAUCAAGUGGGCCUCUCAUCCAAGAUGCCAAGGGCGAGGGCGAGAUCUUUGAAUGUCUUUACAAACUGGUUGCCACAAUCAUUCGCCGGCACCGGAAACGUCUGGAAGGCCAUUUCCCGGUGCUCGUCGCGACGCUCCAGGGGCUUCUGCGCGUCAUUCUUGCCGACCCGCUCGCCCGCGCAUCGACCUCGACGUCCACGGCGACCUCUGCGACACCACCCUGGCUCAGCUCACGCCUGCGGGCUCGCCACGGCGCCCGCUUUGCGCGGCUGCUGACUCUGAUCUGCGAGCCCAGCGCAGCGGCUGUCGCUCGGUCCCGGCGAGCCGCGACGGCCAGCGCGGCGACCACGAUGCUCGACUCGGCCACGGACGCGGCGAAGCGGUCGGCAGGGCAGGACAUGUUCCACGUGGUCGAGCUGUACGUCAAGCUGCAGCUCGAGGUCGUGGUGCCGCAGGACAUGAGGAAGGCGCUGGAGCCGGGGAUAUACUCUGUGCUCAACAUCACGCCGGAAGGGUGCCGGAGGGUCAUGAACGAGUCACUCGAUGUGAACGGGCGGGCGGUGUUUAGGGAGCUUUUUGCUGCAUACAAGAAGUUUGGCAGAUGGAGCGGUGUGUAAACUGGGAUUAAGCUGGCUCACGACCUACACCCAAAUACAAGAUUUAGCAAAGGACGUUGCGUGUAGUGCUGACCAAGGCUGUGCCUUUGAUA